UCUCUCUCGACACACACAAAACCUUCUUCCCGGCAUCACUAGAAAUCUGGCUGCUCAACUCUCUCUCCCUCUAAAAUCAAAAAUCCCCAAUUUGUUGCCGUCUCUUUCACCGGCGAGGGACGGAUCAGCAGACCACUGCCACGGUCAUGACCGCUGUGGCCAAUUUAUUUUUCAGUUCUUAUUCUCACACACUUGCGCUAUUUUGCUCUCAGACACCAGCCAGUUAGCCACCAAAUUCCUAGUCGCCUCACAAAUUAAAAGUACAUAAAGCUGUUUCUAAUAAAGUGGUAAACAAAAAACAGGAAUUGAAAGAACCAACCGACUGUAUUAAAAAAAGCGGGCCGGUUUGGUUCAUUUUUGAAGAAACCAGUUGGUUUUGUGAAGGGACACAUGUGUAGUAAUCGUAGCGAUAAGCGUGGAAAGCUGGGUGUGUGCAUACUCCCCUUUCCUGACCUUUUUUCCACUGACCACCGAGUAGAGGUUCAUUCAAAGAUACUAAUACAGAAUAUUGAACUACAGUACUGUAUGUCGGCUCCUUUUCCACUGCUUAUCUCCAUCUCGUCUUUUUCUUCUUCUUCAACACUACUAUAAUAAGACCCACAAACCACAGUCAACUACUGCCCUACUCCAGAACCAGAAACAUUCUCACCUUCAUCGUAUUUCUUGACGGGUAUGUUCGUUUUUUCUUUGUACCUUUUCUCCUUUGAAGGCAUGGGAGCUGAUUUUCUGCUUAAUCCGGCUUUCUUGCGUUUCUUCACGGCCUCUCUGCACCUGCUUAUGUUGGUUCUCCUUUUUACUUCAUGGCUCUACCAAAAACUCAAGGGCAGUCGGGAUGAUCAAAACCACAAACACACCAUUGGAUAUCACCGUCUCUCCUCCUAUAAAACCACCCUCUUUUCCUGUUUGGGACUUUCAUUUUUCUGUCUCAUCCUAUGCAUGCUGAGCCUCUUCUUUUGGUAUAGAAACGGUUAUUCUGAUGAAAAGAUUCUAACUUUAGCGGAUUUAGGGGUGAAAGCACUUGCUUGGUUGGCUCUCUAUCUUUUCUUGCAAUUCGGUUUCUUGAAUUCUAGAGAAACUAAGUACCCGCUUUCUCUAAGGCUGUGGUGGGUGCUUUUCCUCUCAUUAUCAUGUUACUGCAUUGCAAUCGACGUUCUUAAUCUCAUAAACCACAAAUCUGUAUCAACUCUGUUUUGGGCCUCUGAUAUUGUUUCGGUGCUAAUGGGGUUACUCUUAUGUUAUAUUGUGUUUUUCUGUAAGAAAACAGAUGAAGACACCGUUCUUCAAGAACCCCUUUUAAAUAAUGGUGCUAGAAAUGGUACAGAAUUUAAUACACCUACAAAUUGGGAUGAAACUGUGACCCCUUACACCAUUGCUGGUAUUUUUAGCCUCUUUACUUUCUCUUGGAUGGCUCCAUUAAUCGCACUAGGGCGCACGAAGGCGUUGGACCUCAAGGAUGUUCCUCAGCUUUCCAAGUUGGAUAGUGUUAGAGGUGCAUUUCCAAUGUUGAACAAUAAGCUGGAGUCCUAUUGUGGGGAAAGUAACCAAGUUACCACAAUCAUGUUAGCUAAAGGAUUGAUAUUUACUGCCUUGAGAGAAAUCUUGCUAUCUGCUUUGUAUGCGUUGGUAUACACAUUUGCUUCUUAUGUUGGACCUUACCUCAUUGAUACCUUGGUUCAAUACUUGAAUGGGCGUAGGCAUUUCAAAAACGAAGGCUAUGCAUUAGUUUUUGCAUUCUCCAUUGCAAAGAUGUUUGAGUGUUUUGCGCAGAGGCAUUGGUUCUUUAACUCCCAAAAGGCUGGAUUUAGAGCAAGGGCAGCAUUGGUUGCUAGAGUCUACAGCAAGGGAUUGACUCUUUCCUGCCACUCCAGGCAAGGACAUACAACAGGGGAGAUAAUAAAUUUCAUGUCAGUUGACGCUGAGCGGAUAGGUGAUUUUGGUUGGUUCAUGCAUGAUCCGUGGAUGGUGGUUUUGCAGGUCGCGCUAGCAUUACUGAUAUUGUAUAGAGAUCUCGGGCUUGCUUCAGUAGUUGCGCUUGUUGCGACUGUGUUAGUGAUGUUGGCAAAUGUUCCCCUAGGGAAGUUGCAGGAGAAGUUUCAAGAUGAGCUAAUGAAAUCUAAGGAUAAAAGGAUGAAGGCGACAUCAGAAGUCUUGAGGAACAUGAGAAUCCUCAAACUUCAGGCUUGGGAAUUGAAGUUUCUGUCUAAAAUCCAGGGUCUUAGAAGUGUUGAGACCAGCUGGUUGGGGAAAUAUCUAUAUACUUUAGCCAUCACAACGUUUGUCUUCUGGGUUGCCCCGACGUUUGUUUCAGUAGUAACUUUUGGGGCUUGUAUGCUGAUGGGAAUCCCACUUGAGUCAGGGAAGAUACUAUCUGCCUUGGCAACUUUUAGGAUUCUUCAAGAGCCAAUUUACAAUCUGCCUGAUACAAUAGCCAUGAUUAUUCAGACCAAAGUGUCCCUGGAUCGAAUUGCAUUGUUCCUUUCUCUUGACGACCUGCCACUAGAUGUAGUAGAGAAGCUUCCUGUAAAUGGUUCUGAUAUUGCUGUUGAGGUAACAAAUGGGAACUUCUCAUGGGAUGUAUCAUCUCCUGCUCCUACAUUGAGUGACAUUAACUUUAGAGUCUCGCAUGGUAUGAGGGUUGCAAUAUGUGGCACAGUAGGCUCUGGGAAGUCGAGCUUGCUUUCUUGUAUUUUAGGGGAAAUGCCGAAGGUAUCUGGGGUUGUUAGGGUCUCGGGUACAAAGGCCUAUGUAGCUCAGUCAGCUUGGAUACAGAGUGGAAAGAUUGAAGAGAAUAUACUGUUUGGUAAAGAAAUGGACAGGCAGUGGUACAAUAGAGUGGUAGAAGCAUGCUCUCUGAAUAAAGAUCUGGAGAUUCUUGCAUUGGGUGAUCAAACUGUGAUUGGUGAGAGGGGGAUCAACUUGAGUGGUGGACAGAAGCAGAGGGUACAGAUUGCUCGUGCUCUCUACCAAGAUGCCAAUAUUUAUUUGUUUGAUGAUCCAUUUAGUGCUGUGGAUGCACACACAGGAACUCAUCUUUUUAAUGAGUGCAUUAUGGGGAUUUUGAAUUCAAAAACUGUUAUUUAUGUUACGCAUCAAGUGGAAUUUCUGCCUGCUGCUGACCUGAUAUUGGUGAUGAAAGAAGGUAAAGUAAAGCAAGCUGGCAAAUACUAUGAUAUUCUGAAAUCGGGGAGUGAUUUCAUGGAGCUUGUUGGUGCGCAUGAGGAGGCGUUAUCAGCUCUUGAUUCCAUCAGUGCAGAGAAAACAGCUUGUGGUGACGAAAGCAGCUCUGGAAAUGCUAAACCUGUUUUCCAGAGACAGGAAUCUCAAAAGCUUGCAGAUGACACAAUAGAUGACGGUGACAAAAUAAAGGGCCAGCUUGUUCAAGAAGAAGAAAGGGAAAAGGGGAAUGUCGGAGCAUCAGUCUACUGGAAAUACUUCACAACAGCAUACGGAGGACUGCUAGCACCAGUUGCUUUGCUAACUCAGGUUAUGUUUCAAAUACUCCAAAUCGGAAGCAAUUAUUGGAUGGCUUGGGCGACCCCUGUGUCCAAGGAUGAGGCACCUAACGUCGGAGGCUCUACCCUUAUCCUCGUCUACGUCGUGUUGUCAGUAGGAAGUGCUCUCUGUGUUCUUGGCAGAUCCUUAUGUGUCGCAACCAUUGGCUACGAGACAGCCAAGAUACUCUUUAGCAAAAUGCAUCUCAGCCUAUUUCGCGCCCCCAUGUCGUUCUUCGACUCCACCCCAAGCGGGCGUAUUCUCAAUAGAGUAUCUACAGACCAAACAACGGUGGAUUUGAUCAUGGCUGGCAUAAUUGGGAAAUUUGCUUUUGGCAUAAUACAGCUUCUAGGAAUUAUUGCAGUCAUGUCACAAGUUGCAUGGCAGGUCUUCAUUCUUUUUAUACCAGUGGUUGCAAUUUGCUUAUGGCUGCAGCAAUAUUACAUAGCUGCAGCGCGAGAACUAUCACGGUUGUGUGGGGUGAGCAAAGCACCAGUUAUACAGCACUUCUCGGAGACACUCUCUGGAUCAGUCACAAUCAGAUGUUUCGAUCAGGAACCAAGAUUUCAAGAUAUGAGCAUGACAUUGAUCGAUGGAUACUCGCGGCCCAAGUUCCAUACAGCAGGUGCAAGGGAAUGGCUAUGCAUUCGUCUCGAUGUCUUGUCUCUCGUGACAUUCGCCUUUUCAUUGACUUUCCUUAUCUCUCUUCCACAGGGAACAAUUGAUCCAAGCGUGGCUGGUUUAGCAGUGACGUAUGGCCUCAGCUUGAACACCGUGCAGGGGUGGGCUGUUUGGUUUCUUUGCGCUAUGGAGAACAGAAUCAUAUCAGUCGAAAGAAUACUUCAGUAUACUUCACUUACAAGUGAACCUCCUCUUGUUAUAGAGUUGAACAGGCCAGAGAGCUGCUGGCCUACCCACGGAGAAGUUAACAUCCAAGACCUUAAGGUUCGUUAUGCUCCUCAAAUGCCCUUCGUGCUAAGAGGCCUAACAUGUACUUUAUUUGGUGGGAAGAGGACUGGUAUAGUAGGAAGGACGGGAAGUGGCAAAUCAACCCUUAUUCAGACUCUCUUUCGAAUUGUAGAACCAACAAUUGGGCAGAUACUGAUUGAUGGUAUUGAUAUCUCAUAUAUCGGCCUGCAUGAUUUACGAUCUAAGUUAAGCAUAAUCCCACAGGAUCCAACUAUGUUUGAGGGAACUGUUCGAACUAACCUGGAUCCUCUUCAAGAGUACACAGAUGAGCAGAUUUGGGAGGUUCUUGGUAAAUGCGAGCUUGCUGAUGAAGUCCGGAAAAAGGAACUCAAGCUUGAUUCUGCAGUGUCUGAAAAUGGAGAGAAUUGGAGCGUUGGGCAGAGGCAGCUGGUGUGCCUGGGGCGCGUGCUUCUGAAGAAGAGCAAGGUUCUGGUGCUGGACGAGGCCACAGCGUCUGUGGACACAGCAACUGAUAAUCUCAUCCAACAAACUCUCAAACAUCAUUUCUCGGAUUCGACAGUCGUAACAAUCGCACACAGGAUAACGUCUGUGCUGGACAGUGAUAUGGUUUUAGUGCUGGAUAACGGAGUAGUUGAGGAAUAUGAUUCUCCACCGAAGCUGUUGGGGAAGGAGUCGUCUUCGUUUGCGAAGCUCGUUGCAGAAUACAGCAUGAGAUCGAUUUCUACGUGACUUUUAAGAAAUAUAUGUUGUGUGAAAACGUGCUUCACGUGAAGCCAACAAGUUUUCACAAGCAAACACUUUGCAGGGGGAUCAUGUGUCUAAUAAUAGUAGUGUGUUUUCUAUUUUCUAGGUAAAUGGUAAUGGAUGGAUUCUAGUAGAGAUGAAGUGCAUAAGAUGAACUCAUUAAACAAUGCGAUGCCAUACAGUAUUAUUGUUUCUCUUCA